AUGGAUAUCCAUUUACCCGCCAAAGGGCAGUCGCGUCGUGCCUGGCCUAUUCUAUUUCUGCUUGCCUUUCUCGCCAUCGUCUGCACAAGGGGAACAUCAUUUUCACGGGCCCCUUCGGACAACACGAACCAUCCUCUUGGGAUAGCACCUCGGUCACUGCCACACCAAGUGAGAUUCGACAACUAUAGCUUGUUCGUCGGGGAUCAGCGCGUCUUCAUACAUUCGGGAGAGUUCCACACUUUCCGUUUGCCCGUUCCCAGUCUAUGGCCCGAUAUCCUCCAAAAAGCAAAGGCCGCCGGCCUGAACGCCGUCAGCGUGUACACCCACAUGGGGUUGAUCAAUCCGUCUCCCGGCGUGGUCGACUUUGGUGGGUUCCGUGCUUUGCAGCCCUUGUUUGAUGCUGCCAAGGACGCGGGAAUCUUCAUCGUUCUGCGACCGGGCCCUUAUAUCAAUGCCGAAACAACCGCAGGCGGGAUCGCCCAUUGGGCCACUAGCGAGGUUGCGGGCAAUCUUCGUACGGGCGAUGCUGACUGGAAAGCGGCGUGGCAGGCCUACAUUCAGGGAAUCAUCGAGGUCACUGUGCCGAAUCAGAUCACGGAGGGAGGGCCUGUGAUAGGCGACACACAUCUAUCCUGUGUUGGAUUCUCCCGUGCCCAAGCUUUACUAGACAACGAGUUCCAACAAGCCCCUGAGGGGCAUGCCCAGUAUUUUGUCGAUCUAGAAGAAGCUUACCGGGCCUCUUCCAUCGUCGUGCCCCUCACGUACAACGAUCCCGGAGAAGGCAGAAAUUUCAUCAAUGGGACUGGCGCUGUGGACCUUUAUGGGGUGGACGCUUAUCCCCAGCGCUACGAUUGUUCCCAUCCCACUGUUUGGCAUGACGUGCCGACGGGCUAUCCACAGUAUCAUGCUGAAGUAAACCCAUCGCAGCCGUGGUACAUUCCCGAAUUCCAAGGUGGCUCUUUUGACGCAUGGGGUCCGACCUCACCAGGCUAUGGACCAUGCCGUACGCUGACUGGUGCAGACUUCCAAUCAGUUUUCAAUCUACAGCUUUGGGCGAGUAAUGCGAAGUUGAUCAAUUACUACAUGUUCUACGGCGGCACAUCAUGGGGCGCUAUCCCCUUCCAUGGUGUUUAUACAUCGUAUGGGUUUGAUCAUGUCCUUAUUCAUACAUCUGACCGAGAUCCUGUCAGAUAUGACUACGGCGCAUCCCUCCAGGAAUCACGGCAGUUGACGUCUAAAUUUGACGAAUUGAAACGGCAGGGACUCUUCCUCCGAAGCUCGCCUGAAUUCUACAAGACGGAUUGGGUAGGCGAUACGAGCACCGGGGCUACGUCGACGACUUCCACGGCAGCGUUUGCCACAUUGCUCCGUAACCCGGACACGAAAGCUAGAUUCUACAUCCUCAGACAAGCAGACGUGACAUCGACGGCUGUCAUCGACUUCAAGCUGAACGUGUCGACGUCGGCGGGCAACAUACAGGUACCUCGUGUUGCAUCUGCGAUUACCCUGGGCGGUCGACAAUCCAAAGUUGUGGUCACUGAUUAUGUGUUUGGGUCAUCACGCCUCCUGUACUCCACUGCCCAGGUCUUCUUCGCGGGCGCCAUCGACGGGCGCGAUGUCUUGUUCUUGUUUGGUGACUCGGCUCAAGAACACGAAUUGGAUUUGACGCUCAGUGGUACACGGAGAGGAACCAGACCACCAUCCAGUACCGUCCGUUUCACCACGUCGCUGUCAUCUUCAAGAAUGACAGUAUCAUUCCUCCCUGGCAUCGAGGGGCCCGUCACUGUGUGGGACUCGGACAAGCAGCUGGUCCUUUUCUCCGACACUGCUACAGCUGCUACCUUCUGGGCUCCUACGAUCGCGGGAAAGGCAUCUGACCCUCUUAGAAACUUCUGGCAGAUUGGAACCAACACCACCAUACUUGUCGGCGGCCCUCACCUCGUCCGGAGUGCCAGUAUCUCGGGUUCCCGAUUGGAUUUGAAAGGCGACCUCAGCGAGAGCGUCAGACUGAGCGUGAUUGCGCCCAGUAACGUCCGGUCCGUCACAUGGAAUGGCGAACGGGUCGACGUGGACGUCCGGACGUCAUCUCAGCUGACAUUUAGAGGCGGGUUCGUAUCGACCUUGAAAGCAACUACCAGGGAGAUCAAGAUACCCAAGUUGGGGAAAUGGAAGUUCUCCGAUAGCUUGCCCGAGAUUCGAGCUGGAUUCUCUGACCAGAAGUGGGUAGUUGCGGACCACACGUCGACCAACAUCCCUUACAAACCAUAUUACGGGGAUGGCCGUAUACUAUACGGCUGCGACUACGGAUUUUGCGAGAACAUCGUUCUAUGGCGCGGCCACUUCAACGCCACUGGGGACGAGAAAUCUGUCAAUCUAUCCAUUAAUGGUGGAGAAGGUGCGCUCUCAAUAGUUCAUGAAGAUUCGUUCCUCAGUGGAAGUUUAGCAUUUGCGGCCAGCGUUUGGCUUAACCAUGUGUUCCUCAACACAUCCUACGGGAAUUCCACUAACAACCAGAAUAUCUUAGAAGAAACGGACGACAGAUUCACGUUUCCUCCAGGCGCACUUUUCAGAGGCGACAACGUUCUCACUAUCGUUCAGGACAACAUGGGACUGAAUGAAAGCAGAGGCGGCGAUUCCUCUAAAGGUCCUCGCGGCGUGCGAGGGUUCCAGCUGGAUACAGGCAACUUCACCGAGUGGCGCGUACAAGGGAAAGUCGGCGGGUAUACGAAUUUCCCAGAUAAGGUCAGAGGAAUCAUGAAUGAAGGAGGGCUUUUCGGCGAGAGACAAGGCUGGCAUCUCCCCGGCUUCGAUACAUCUUCGUGGAAAGCACGCGAUCUUGCGUCUGGGCUUCCCGGAUCUGCUGCUGGGGUUGGAUUCUUCGUGACUACGUUCAAUUUGAACAUCCCACAGGGCUUCGAUGCAUUUUUGUCGUUCACGUUCAACGAGCCGCUCGGGCAGCCGUAUAGAGCCCUCUUGUUCGUGAACGGGUGGCACAUGGGGAAGAGAGUGGGGAACCUCGGCCCUCAAGCCAAAUUCCCCGUUCACGAGGGCAUUCUGGAUUACAGGGGACGGAACACUAUCGCCGUUGCCUUGUGGACAAUGGAGUCAGAUGUACCAAUCUCUCCCGAUUUGCAGCUCACAUUGGACGGGGUUGUUGAAGGCGGCGUCGGCGACGUGAAGGUCAAUAACCCAGUGUGGUCUCCCGAGGGCAGAGUGUAA